CACGUUAAAAAUUAAAAGUAAAACUAAAAGUAAAUUAAAAAUUAUCAGUGAAAACCGUUUGAAGAUACCACCAAAAUUAAAUAACUAUUAAAAUUUAUAUUCGCCAUGGAAGUUGGAGUUACUCUGAACAACGAACUUGAGUCUCAGAUUGCGGAAGCAUUUUGCAUCUUCGACACGCACGGUGAUAAGUAUAUUGAUACCCGCAAUGUUGGCCACGUCCUCCGAUUCUUGGGCUGUGUGCCCUCCGAGAAGGAGGUCCAAGAAGUCAUCAAGGCCACCGAGUCCGUGGAUUAUCCGGGGGAGUCCCAUUUAACCAAGUUUGUGACCCACGUCUCCCAACUGCUCAUGGAUCGCCAAAUGGAACCAGCCUCGACAGAAAAGCUUUUAGAGGCCUUUGAGAUCUUAGAUCCAGAAAACAAGAAGUAUCUGACCAAGGAGUAUUUCGGCAAACUGAUGGCAGAGGAAGGCGAACCUUUUACCCAAGAAGAACUGAAGGCUAUGUGGCCAGUUGCCAUUGAUCCAAUUACUGGAAACAUUCCAUUUACCUUCUACAUCAACCAACUAAAGCACAAGGCCAAAAUCUAUGACAUCGCCGAGGUUAUUAAGGAGGAAUUGGCCCAGGCAGAAAGAGAAAAGGGAAAGAAGCCCCAACAAACAUUGUUUUAGCUGCGGAGGAAAAAAUAUUUAAUUUGAAAUUUAAAUCUUGUUAAUAAAAACGAUUUUUUUCUAAUUUUUUAUACAAUUUAAA